GUGGUCAAAAUAAUGUUUGAACGUACAGUACUCGCUCUGUUCCAUUCCUCUGUGUGGGGAGACUGCUGACCAGAUGGGAAAGAGACACAACAUGAGAUCAAGUGGAGGUUCGGUGGAAAUCACAGAGUUGACAGAUAAAUUUACAUUUAAUCCGAAAGAGGGAAUAGACAACCCGGUGAUGGUGACCACGGAAGACGCAGACUCUGUGUGGACACUGAGCCCGCGUCUGUGCGUUCUUAAAAAAGAGGAAGGGGAGUCCUAUGGCUUCCAUCUGCGGGUGGAGAAGGGACGCCAGGGCCACAUAAUCAGAAAUGUAGUAUCAGGAGGGGUGGCGGAGUGCAGCGGCCUUCAAGAUGGAGACAGGCUUCUGGAAGUCAACAACUGCCAUGUUGACGAUGUCCCUCACCAUGAGGUGGCUAAGAAAAUAAAGAUAAGUGGACAGCAGUUAUGUUUAUUAAUGUUGGGUGGGGAGCAGUAUGAGCAGGCCGUGUCCCGAGGUCAAGACCUCCGAAGUCUGGGUCAAGCUCACAAGGGGGAGGGUGGCAAACCACCCAGACUCUGCCACAUCUCCAGGGAUCCCGCUUCAAGUCUGGGCAUCAACUUCACGCCCGUGGAAGGUGAGAAAGGCCGCUUCUCUGUGAGCCUGGUCUCGGGAGGUGCAGCUGAUAAGGCCGGGGUGUGUAAGGGAGAUCGCCUGGUGUGGAUGAACGGAGCAACGGUGUCCGACCUCACACACUCUGCUCUCAGCAGGAUGAUGAAAAAAUGUGGCGAUCACAUCACAAUCUUAGUGAUCGACGGUGAGAGUGAGAAGAACUACACGCGACAGAGGAUGCCCAUCCUGCCCACCAUGGCCAUUCCACAUAACCUGCCUUACAGGGCCACAAAGCUGCACCUGGUCUCCGGGCCUGAAGGGUACGGCUUCCUCCUUCGGCUGGAGAAGGCACCAUCAGGACACACAUUUCAUGUGCUGCGUGAGAUGGACAGUGGCAGUCCAGCUGAGCGGGCGGGCAUGCGGGAUGGAGAGCUGCUGCUGGAGGUCAAUGGGGAGUCAGUGGAGUCACUGAUGCACGAGGAGAUUGUGGACAGAGUGAGGCUGAGUGGACAACAGGUCUCUCUCACCACCAUCACUUUCCAGGGGCUGGAGUUUUACACCCAGUUGGGUCUGUCACCUCUUCUCUUUAGUGAGGAUGGUGCUGUUGAGAGAGAAAAGGAGAGCAGCGUAUCAGCCUCUGCAGCGGAGCAGUCACCACAAAAGGAAGUGGACGGCUCGUGCAAGCCCCGGCUCUGUUCGGUCCAAAAAGGCCCCCUGGGGUUUGGCUUUAACUUAGGCUGUUUCCCACAGGGACCUGGGACCUUCGUCAGCCAGGUGGCUUUUGGGGGCUCUGGGCAGAGUGCCGGAUUGCUUGAGGGUGAUGUGGUGAUGGAAGUUAAUGGACAAAAUGUGGAGGAGAAGUACCUGGAAGAUGUGAUUAUGCUUGUGAAGGAACGAGGACAAUUUCUGACCUUACUAGUUAUGGAGAAGAAUGGCUACAAGUUGAAGCAGACUAAAACACCUACUCGAGAUAUCAGUGACAGUGAGCAGGAGGAAGACAAUUAUGAGAUAACUAUUUUGUGAGCGUCAAAGACAUUCUCAAGACAAUCAACGGUCCCAUAUGUCUACUGAAGAAAAACAUGUUAUUGUUAUUAUUAUUAAUGUAUUAUAUUGGUCAAGAUUGCCUUAAUCAAAUCGGGUUUUACAAAGGGAUCAAAAGAUGAAACAUAAAAUAAGUUAAAUGAAAAUGCAAUGGCGUCAGUUGAAGAAAUGUUGUAAUGUGUAUUUGUCUAUGAUAUGAACAUGUAUUAUGGUACAGUAUUAUACAUCCGGUGAAAAAAAAAAUUGAACAAUUGCCACAUUUAUUCUCAAUCAGAUGAAAUACAAAAUGCUGCACAUCUUAAAGGACCAUCAUCUAUACUAUAUUUCUUAUUGUUCAAAUAUGAAUGGAAACCAGUAGCUUUGAGAAAUUAGAAACAGAUUUGUAAAUCAUCACUUUGAUCAGCAGUAAUGUAAAGUACUGAUGAUAAAUGAAAAUAUAAUCUGAUACUGCCCUUAUGUUAUAUCAAAUGGUUAAUUGCAUUGUUGACAUUGGAAUAAAGGGUUGUGUGUGUGUUUUACAGUAUUACGUGUUUGUUUAUUGAGAUAAAAGCUAACAGCAAAAAUAGUAGUCAAGGGGAAAAAAAAUAUGUUGUUAUGUUGUGCAACAUCUGUUUUUCUGAAUAUUGACCAACCAAAUAUAAUCUAGCCGAAUACAUAACUCAAACACGUCCUUGUGAAAAUGAAUGAAAACAUGACAAGACUCAAGUUUCUAGACAAAUGUAAAAGUGGGGAUGUGCACAAUAAGUGUUUCAGCAAAAUGUCUAUAACUGGAAUAACUAUUUAAAUAAAAUAUCUGUCACUCAU